GGGUUUCUGUAUGCUGUCUGUCCCUUCUAUCCUGAAUGCUUCCUGCAGCAGUACCAUAGGGAGAAGAACAAAACGAACACCGAAAUAAGAACAAAAGAAAAAAGAAGCGAUAAGGAUUUAAUUGAUUCGAAUACAGCUCAAUUAACUUCAUUUUAGAUACCGCUUUUGAAAGAAAAUCAUGGAUGAGGAUCUCGAGUACGAUCAUCAAAUGAUUGAAGAAGAGGAUGACGAAGAGGAGAUCACCCAGGAAGACGCAUGGGCUGUCAUUUCUGCCUACUUCGAAGAGAAGGGACUGGUCCGCCAGCAGCUCGACUCCUUCGAUGAGUUCAUCCAAAAUACUAUGCAGGAAAUUGUCGACGAGUCUGCCGACAUUGAAAUCCGACCUGAAUCUCAACACAAUCCAGGUCACCAGUCCGAUUUUGCUGAGACUAUCUAUAAGAUCAGCUUUGGUCAGAUUUACUUGAGUAAGCCCAUGAUGACCGAGUCUGAUGGAGAAACUGCAACCUUGUUUCCCAAGGCAGCCAGGUUGAGGAAUCUUACAUAUUCAGCUCCUUUGUACGUGGAUGUCACGAAGAGGGUUAUAAAAAAAGGGCACGAUGGUGAAGAAGUUACUGAGACUCAGGAUUUUACCAAGGUUUUCAUAGGGAAGGUUCCUAUAAUGCUUCGGUCAAGUUAUUGCACUUUAUACCAGAAUUCAGAGAAGGAUUUGACUGAGCUUGGAGAGUGUCCAUAUGAUCAAGGGGGCUAUUUCAUUAUAAAUGGAAGUGAAAAAGUUCUAAUUGCGCAGGAGAAGAUGAGCACUAAUCAUGUCUACGUCUUUAAGAAGAGACAACCUAACAAGUAUGCCUAUGUGGCUGAAGUUAGGUCUAUGGCAGAGUCCCAAAACAGGCCACCUAGUACCAUGUUUGUGCGCAUGCUCUCUAGGACAAGUUCCAAAGGGGGUUCUUCAGGACAGUAUAUACGUGCUACACUUCCGUACAUUCGAACUGAAAUUCCCAUUAUAAUUGUGUUUCGAGCGUUGGGUUUUGUUGCAGACAAAGAUAUACUUGAACAUAUAUGUUAUGACUUCUCUGACACACAAAUGAUGGAGUUACUUCGUCCAUCCCUAGAGGAAGCAUUUGUAAUUCAAAAUCAACAGGUUGCUCUUGACUACAUUGGGAAAAGAGGUUCAACUGUUGGUGUAACUAAGGAAAAAAGAAUUAAGUAUGCUAAGGAGAUCCUUCAAAAAGAAAUGCUUCCUCAUGUUGGUGUUGGGGAAUUUUGUGAAACAAAGAAAGCUUAUUAUUUUGGAUAUAUCAUUCAUCGUCUUCUUCUAUGCGCACUUGGUCGGAGAGCUGAAGAUGAUAGGGAUCAUUAUGGGAAUAAAAGGCUGGACCUUGCUGGACCUUUACUUGGUGGUCUCUUUAGGAUGCUCUUUAGAAAGCUCACUAGAGAUGUAAGAGGUUAUGUACAGAAGUGUGUUGAUAAUGGGAAAGAUGUUAACCUCCAAUUUGCUAUCAAGGCAAAAACCAUCACUAGUGGCCUCAAAUACUCACUUGCUACUGGUAACUGGGGCCAAGCAAAUGCUGCGGGCACAAGAGCUGGAGUUUCACAGGUGCUCAAUCGCUUGACUUAUGCAUCCACAUUGUCUCACUUGCGGAGACUAAACUCUCCCAUUGGGCGUGAAGGUAAAUUGGCUAAACCAAGACAAUUACACAAUUCCCAAUGGGGAAUGAUGUGUCCAGCAGAAACACCUGAAGGACAAGCUUGUGGACUAGUGAAGAAUCUGGCAUUGAUGGUUUAUAUAACAGUUGGUUCAGCAGCAUAUCCUAUCCUGGAGUUUUUGGAAGAAUGGGGUACAGAGAAUUUUGAGGAAAUUUCUCCUGCAGUUAUUCCCCAAGCUACAAAAAUCUUUGUAAAUGGUUGCUGGAUGGGCAUACAUCGUGAUCCUGAUAUGUUGGUGAGAACAUUGCGAAAAUUGAGACGGCGAGUUGAUGUUAAUACUGAAGUGGGAGUUGUCAGAGAUAUCCGCCUUAAAGAAUUGCGAAUAUAUACAGAUUAUGGUCGCUGUAGUCGUCCAUUAUUUAUUGUGGAUAAACAAAGGCUUCUCAUAAAGAAAAAGGAUAUUCAUGCUUUACAACAGAGGGAAUCCCCAGAGGAAGGUGGAUGGCAUGAUCUUGUUUCCAAGGGGUUUAUAGAAUAUAUUGAUACAGAAGAAGAAGAGACCACUAUGAUCUCCAUGACCAUUAAUGAUCUCGUUCAAGCAAGGAUCAAUCCAGAUGAAGCUUAUUCUGAUACUUACACUCAUUGUGAAAUCCAUCCAUCAUUGAUCUUGGGUGUAUGUGCUUCCAUCAUACCCUUUCCUGAUCACAACCAGUCGCCGCGUAACACAUAUCAGUCUGCUAUGGGAAAACAAGCUAUGGGAAUAUAUGUAACCAAUUACCAAUUUCGAAUGGAUACAUUGGCCUAUGUACUAUAUUAUCCUCAAAAGCCACUGGUCACUACAAGAGCCAUGGAGCAUCUCCAUUUCCGGCAACUUCCUGCUGGAAUUAAUGCAAUUGUGGCCAUUGCGUGUUAUUCUGGGUAUAAUCAGGAAGAUUCUGUCAUCAUGAAUCAAUCUUCAAUAGACCGUGGAUUCUUUCGGUCUCUGUUUUUCCGUUCAUAUAGGGAUGAGGAGAAGAAGAUGGGAACUCUUGUCAAAGAAGAUUUUGGUCGACCAGACAGAGCUAAUACCAUGGGCAUGCGGCAUGGCUCUUAUGAUAAGCUAGAUGAUGAUGGCCUAGCACCACCUGGUACUAGAGUGUCUGGUGAGGAUGUUAUCAUUGGAAAGACCACCCCAAUCUCUCAAGAUGAUGCGCAGGGCCAAUCUGCACGUUAUACGAGACGUGAUCACAGUAUAAGCCUACGUCAUAGUGAAACAGGAAUUGUUGAUCAAGUUCUGCUGACAACAAAUGCUGAUGGUUUGAGAUUUGUGAAAGUACGGGUGAGAUCUGUUCGGAUACCACAGAUUGGUGACAAAUUCAGUAGUAGGCAUGGUCAGAAGGGGACUGUUGGAAUGACUUAUACCCAAGAAGAUAUGCCAUGGACUAUGGAAGGCAUCACACCUGAUAUCAUUGUCAAUCCACAUGCUAUUCCUUCUCGAAUGACAAUUGGUCAGCUUAUUGAGUGCAUCAUGGGAAAGGUUGCAGCUCACAUGGGAAAAGAAGGAGAUGCUACACCUUUUACAGAUGUUACUGUGGACAAUAUCAGCAAAGCUCUACAUAAAUGUGGGUAUCAGAUGCGUGGUUUUGAGACCAUGUAUAAUGGUCAUACAGGCAGGCGCUUAGGUGCCAUGAUUUUCCUUGGCCCUACAUAUUACCAAAGAUUGAAACACAUGGUUGAUGACAAGAUCCAUUCACGUGGACGAGGUCCUGUGCAGAUCCUCACGAGGCAGCCUGCUGAGGGGCGAUCUCGUGAUGGAGGUCUCCGAUUUGGAGAGAUGGAACGAGAUUGCAUGAUAGCCCAUGGUGCUGCGCACUUCCUAAAGGAGAGAUUAUUUGAUCAAAGUGAUGCAUAUAGAGUCCAUGUGUGUGAGCGUUGUGGUUUGAUAGCCAUAGCAAAUCUUAAGAAGAAUUCUUUUGAAUGCAGAGGCUGCAAGAACAAAACUGACAUAGUUCAGGUUUACAUUCCUUAUGCUUGUAAGCUACUUUUCCAAGAGCUCAUGGCUAUGGCCAUAGCCCCAAGAAUGCUGACGAAGGAUAUUAAAUCUUCAAAAGAUCAAAAAAAGAAAGGAGCCUGAGAUGGAAGUUCAGCAAAGCUGCUAGUCUUAAUUUACAACCUGGCUGACUAUUAAAAUAGUACUUUAUACUAAAACGGAUGUGAAAGUGGGUUUUAGUAUGGGGACUAUUCAUUUUUGUUGUAUUUCUAUUUCACUGUUUCCUAGUUCAGCAAAGCUGUAGAUGAACCUAACAAUACCCACGGGCCUUACAGCUGAGCAGUGAGUGUUAGAAGGCUUUGUACAGAUUUCUUUAAUGUAUUAUUGUUUUAUAAGAGCGAAGGCAAAGAACUAGAGCAUUGGCGGAUUUUUUAUGUACUUGCUAGCAUAAGCAGAUAUGAAGUAAAUGAAAUAGUUACAAUGGUCCUCUUUCAUAGUCUGUCAAGCAGACAGAAAUGGAAGUGUAA